CGGCACGGCCCCGGCGGUUUAGUCGAUUUGGAACUUUUUACGCGUUCGCUGUCUAAGUCUUUUGUUCGUUCUUUAUCCAACAUGAAAUACGCUUUGAUUGCUCUUGCCCUCUUCGUGGCCUCAGCUGCUGCGGCCUCUUCCGCUGGACAAUUUGUGCCCCGCGCAUUCUUCACUCUGGACUCCGAGGGCCGCCAAUCGGAUGUGCAUCCCGUCAAUGCCCGUCUGCUGAGGCGUCUGCGUCGUGAGGUGUUCAGCUCUUCGUCCUCGUCGUCGUCGUCCUCCUCCUCGUCUGGCAACGGCGGCAGCAUCACCAUCGCCUCCCACUCCAUUCACAAUCCCGAUGGAUCUGGCCACGUCGGCACCUCCUACACCCAACAGGCGGCUCCAGCAGGCCUUGGCGUGAACCUUGAGAGCCGCUUCGGCGAGGACUCUGCAACCGGAGCCUACAAUCCCUCAUACAAUGCCGGAUACGGCAGCAACAUCGGCACCCAGCAGUCGUACGGCAGCAACAUCGGCACCCAGCAGUCGUACGGCAGCAGCGUGCCCGCCACCCAGAUCCAGCAGACCAUCAGCUCCUUCGACGCCUCCGGCCACCAGAAGGUGACCACUCUCCAUGGUACCACCGAUCACAACGGUGUUCUCAACGUGAAGAAGACUGAGUUCCAGUAUCCCUCUAACUAAGUGAAAGUCCCCGAGUCUAGGAUAUACUUAAGUAGAGAGUGUAUAUCGAGAGUGUAAACUGAAGAGAGGGCAACCGAAGUACUCGUAGAGUAAAAGUGGAAUAAUGUAAAUUAAAUAAUAAUAAAGUGAAGCGCAUUCAUUUGUCGAAUA